UGGGCACUGUUUUGAUCCGCUGUUGUGUCAGCGACGAAGAUUGAUUUUGCCCAAAGUCGCCCAUCGAUUCCUUGCGGUGCUGCGACGCGUGAAUUCGUGCCCGAAAUGAGUCUGUUUCUGCGUUCGGUGGCCAGAACUGGCGCUACGCAAUGGAUGCGUGCGACCCUUUCAACUUCAUCGAUUGCUUACAAGGAUCCAAAGUCCACGAAAGAAGCGCCGAUCCUGGAUGCCAGUGUUGUUUUGGCCACUGACGAUGACCGCCACCUUCCCACGAUUACUGUUCCCACGAAGGUGGACCUUAGUCCCAUCAGCGGUGUACCGGAGGAACAUGUGAAGGAGCGUCGUGUGCGUAUUUUCGUGCCGGCCAAAAAUGCGAUGCAGAGCGGUACCGAUAACAUUCAGCAUUGGAGCAUCGAGUUCGAUAACCGUGAACGCUGGGAAAAUCCUCUGAUGGGAUGGUCGUCAACCGGUGAUCCUCUGUCGAACAUGCGCGUUGAAUUUACCUCGCCCGAGGAAGCGAUCACGUACUGCGAACGGAACGGUUGGAGAUGGUUCGUCGAUAAGCAGGAAGUUGAGAGGAAGCACCGUGUCAAGAACUAUGGAAUCAACUUUGCGUGGAACAAACGUACCCGCGUGUCGACUAAGUAAAGGACCCGAUCCAACCAAUUUGUCGUUGCACACCGUUAGCUUGUUGUAAAUAAGACACU